CCUGCGAGCAGAGAGGCCCUUCGCUGAGUGUGAUUCCAAACACUGGCUGACUGCUGAUGUCUAUGGGCUAGUGGGGCUCCCUGUGUGAGGGUCCGGGCCAGGGGGUCACGGGGCAUCCAGACUGGGAGGAGGCGGCGGCCGCCUGAAACCACAGGAUUGUGCGGACAUAUUAUCACCGUCAACUUUUGUGAUCCUGCUUCCUCUGUUGCUUGGUCGUAUUAAAGAUGGAAUCAGAGCCAGUGUCAGAUGCUCCCAAGGAGGAGCAAAAAAUACUUCCUGCAGCUGUCCGUGCAAAGAUAGAGCGGAAUCGACAGAGGGCUUUGAUGCUGAGACAGGCCCGGCUGGCCAGCAGACCAUACCCUAUUAGUGGCGAGACUGCCUGUGUAAAGAUUCCUGCAAAGGUGAUUGACUCCGGAGGAGGAUUUUUUAUAGAAGAGGAAGAGGUUGCGCAGAAAUCAGUAGAAAAAGUUGUUCAUCAACCAGGUCCUGUUCUUGAGACUGAUUAUCUAAAUUGUGAGGAAUGUGCCAAAGAAUUCAUGGAUUCUUAUUUGAGCAAUAAUUUUGAUCUUUCUGUAUGCGAUAACUGCAGAGACAGCGAAGAAAAACACAAACUUGUGACACGAACUGAAGCAAAACAGGAAUACCUCCUUAAAGAUUGUGAUAUUGAUAAGCGAGAACCUGUCCUGAAAUACGUUUUGAGAAAAAACCCUCACAAUUCUCAUUGGGGUGACAUGAAACUUUACCUAAAAACACAGAUUGUUAAACGUUCUUUAGAGGUAUGGGGUUCAGAAGAAGCUAUUGAAGAAGCUAAAGAAACAAGGAAGGACAACAGAGACAAAAUGAAACAGAAGAAAUUUGAUAAAAAGGUUAAAGAACUGCGCCAUGCUGUCCGAAGUAGUUUAUGGAAAAAAGACAUUGGUGGGCACCAGCACGACUAUGGUCCGGAAGAACACAUAGAAGAAGAUAUGUACAAAAAGACAUGCAAGACAUGUGGGCAUGAACUAAAUUAUGAGAAAAUGUGAGCAUUUAAAAUGGUGGUGGGGGGAGAUUUUUUUUAAUCUUUGUAAUAAAAUAUGUAACUGCAAGUAA